GGAGCCGACGAGCAGUAUCAGCAUUCAUGUCCCAUCGCCACGACAGUGCCGAUGUCUAACGUGAUCUUUGGUAGUGUCCGUCCUAAGCAUAAUUGAGGUAGUAGCUAGCCAGCGAGUGAGGGUGAGGUGGCGACGAUGUCAUCAUCGGCGGUGGAGGCGGAGGUGGUCAUCGUGGGCGCCGGGAUCGCAGGGCUCGCGACCGCGCUGGCUCUGCGUCGGGCCGGCGUGGGCGGCGGCGUUCUGGUCCUGGAGCGGCACGCUGAGCUGCGCGCCACGGGCGCCGCGCUCACCAUCUUCCCCAGCGGCUGGUUCGCGCUCCGCGCGCUCGGCGUCGCGCACAAGCUCAUGUCCCGCUACGACGCCUACGAAACAUUUCAGGUGACCAAUCUUGAAAAUGGAGCAACUCAGGUGUUUCGCUUCGCCGGACGCAAAAACAGCGGUGAAAUCAAGGCGAGGCCGGCGGAUCGAAAGGCGCUGCUGGAAGCGCUCGCGGAGGAGCUCCCGCCGGGCACCAUCCGCUUCUCGUCCAAGCUCGUCUCCAUCAACAGUGAGACGGCCGGGGACGGUUCGCCGGACACCUCCGUUCUACGGCUAGACGACGGCACAGUGAUCCGAGCCAAGGUGCUGAUCGGAUGCGACGGGGUGUACUCGGUGGUGGCGCGGUGGCUAGGACUGUCGGAGCCGGUCACAUGCGGCCGGUCCGCCGUCCGCGGUCUCGCCGUCUACCCGGGCGGUCACGGCAUGAAGAAGGAGCUCCGGCAGUUCCUCACGGCGGGCCUCAGGGCCAGCAUGGUGCCCAUCAGCGAGACGGAAGUCUACUGGUUCCUCGUCAACAACACCGUCGCCGCAGCAGAGAAGGAAGCCGGCGCGGACCCGGCCAAGAUCCUGCGGGAGGUCACGGACAACCUGGGAGCGCGCAUGCCGGCGGAGUACCUGGACGUGGUGCGCCACUCCGACCACAAGAGCGUCUCGUGGGCUCCGCUGCUCUACCGGUCGCCCUGGGCCAUCUUGACGGGCCCGGUCGCUCGCGGGGCGGUCACGGUGGCCGGCGACGCGUUCCACCCCAUGACGCCGGACCUGGCGCAGGGCGGAUGCUCCGCGCUGGAGGACGCCGUGGUGCUCGCGCGUGCGCUGUCGCGGGCGGCCACGCCGGCGGAGGGGGUGGCGGCCUACGUGUCGGAGCGCCGUGGCCGGGCCGCCUGGCUGGUCGCCGGAGCCUACCUGUCGGGCUGGGUCCAGCAGGGCGGGAUCGACGCGCACGGCCUGCGCGGCCACAUUGUCAAGCUGUUCCGUGACUUGAUCUUUUACAGGUUCAUCUUCCCCAAGCUCGCCGAUACCUUGUGGUAUGAUUGCGGCGAUCUGCUGCCCACGCCAUCCAGAUCCAAGGACAAGGGCAAGAAGCACUCAGAGUGACAUCGGAGUAUUUGCUAAGCCACGGCAGACUUCGAAUUGAUUGUUACCGCGGUGUGUGUGAUUCUCAUUAUCGUUUCCAUAAAUAAUUCCUUCAUCCUUUGUACACCCUCCGUCACAGGUUAGAAGUGACGGUUAAAUUUACGUGAAUUUUCAUAAUAGAUACUUAUUCCGUUUCAUUUUA